CGAACAACCGAAACCAUCGUCGCCGUGCCCGGGUGAACCGUGUGACGUCAUCGAGAGCGCAAGGUUCUUGUCGCCCUACCGGGAUAGUGCCACUCAUUCAAGAGUCGGCCCGCAGUCGAGUCGAACGUUCUCUGCUCGGUGCACCCCUCCACACACUCGCGCGCGCGGGUUCUCUGUGAAGUCCUCGCACCGUUGCACCAGCCUCAGUGGUCCGCUGGGAAACCGCCGUCGCCAUCGCGCUAUCCACCGCCAUGAGUUCGGACGUGUCCAGUCCCCGUCGGCCGGGCAUGCUGGAGUUCUUCAGCGGCAAGAAUGUCCUGCUCACGGGUAGCACAGGAUUUCUCGGAAAGGUUCUGUUGGAAAAGAUUCUUCGUUCCUGCCCAGACGUUGGAUCGAUCUACCUAAUUGUGCGAGGCAAACGGGGGCUACGCGCCGAAGAUCGAAUUGCAGACAUCCUCAAAAUGCAGCUGUUCCAGAGGCUGAGGCAAGAGAGGCCGCAGGCCUUUCAGAAGAUUGUGGUCCUGGAAGGGGAUCUCACUCUGCCUGACUUGGGCCUCAAGCCUAAAGACAGGGAACUGCUGGUUGCUAGCGUAAACGUGGUCAUCCACUCUGCUGCUACAGUAAAGUUCGACGAACCCAUCAAAAAUGCCGUGAAAAUGAACCUAAAUGGUACGAGAAAAAUAAUACAGCUUUGCAACGAGAUGGAAGACAUAAAGGUUUUUGUUCAUGUUUCCACGUGUUACUGCAAUUGCGACAGGGGAGAAAUCAAGGAAGAAGUUUACCCACCUAUUCAAGAUCCAGACCACAUAAUCAAAAUAGUUGAUUGGCUAGACACGGAGACGCUGGAUGCAUGCCAGUCGAAGCUCCUCGGCGCAAUGCCCAAUACGUACACGUUCACCAAGGGGCUUGCCGAAACGCUCGUCCAGCGGGAAUGCAAGGGCUACCCUGUCGCCAUCGUCAGGCCCUCGAUCGUCGUCUGUUCCUGGAAGGAGCCCUUCCCCGGUUGGGUUGACAACUUCAACGGACCCACAGGCUUGAUCGUUGCUGUGGCCACGGGUGUGUUGAAGAGCGUGUACACAGACCCUGACAUGGAAACAGACUUCGUCCCCGUCGACGUUGUCGUCAACUGCAUCUUGGCUUCGGCAUGGAACGUCGCCGUCACCAGGCCGUCCAACGUGCGGGUCGUCCAGUGUGCGUGCAGCGGGCGCUCGCCGCAGCUCCGCUGGCGGGACAUGAAGACCAUCCAGGAGUCCCUGAUGACCGAGCUGUGCUUCAAGAGCGCCAUCCGAUACCCGGACGUCCACCUGCGGCGCAACAUCGUCGUCCACCGGACGUCCAUGUUCCUCCAGCACUACGUGCCUGCUUGCAUCGGUGACGCUGCCCUCGCCUGCGUCGGGAAGAAACAGUGGCUAGUCAAGACGUACUACAAGCUCGAGCUCCUACUGGAAGCUCUCUCCUACUUCACGACGCAUCAGUGGAAGUUUGAGACAAACAACAUGAUGGCCAUAUACAACGACCUUUCCGAGGAAGAAAAGAAGAUCUUCAACUUCGAUGUCAGCACGUUAGAAUGGAGGCCUUUCUUUUACCACUACGCUCUCGGCGCCAGGGACAUCCUUCUCAAGGAGGACCACUCCAAGGUCAAAAGUCGGAACUUCCAGAGCUUCUCGCGCAGGCUGUACGUGGUAAAGCAGGCGACCAACGCCCUGUUCGCCCUGGCCGCCUGGAAGCUGCUGGACAUGGGCCCCACCCUGUGGCGGUUGUGGGAGUACCUGACGGACACCGUCGCGCCGACGUUCGCUGGCUGAUGACGGUUUGGCCGCCGCCUGGCCCACGCCACGACAAGAGACCGGCCGCCACAACAGCAACAGCAGCAGCGCAGCACCGCACGGCGUCGCGGUUCGCCACCCACCGGGCCGCCGCCGCCUCACGAACUUGCAUCCCCACAUCGUGAAGGCACAUGCGUCACCCGAGGAACCAUCGUCACUUCCAUCCCGUCAACACUCACCCACUAUACUCCUCUCCUUGCUCUCCUUGCAAUGCUGUCAUGCCAUGUUGUUAUAUAUAUACAUAUAUAUAUGGACAGUGAAUAGUAUUUGCGAGCGUCUGUAUUCAUGUUUCUAUCCAACCUUCGAUUUCUUUUAAGGACAGGUAACCCUAGCAUACUGGACAGAGGUUGUAGAAGCCAAGUAGGCGGUAUACUCCUUUAAGGAAGGCAAAGAAAAAUCGAGAGUGUGAAGGGUACAAGGAAGCGUGGGGGCCGUUGGGCUGUCGGAAUGGCCAAUUUUGACCAAUGUUCGUGCAAGAUUGAGCCCACGACACUGGGUUCUUGUUUUUCUCCGCUUCGCUGGGCAGGCUGACUGGUUGUACGGGCUGGGAGUUGAACGGUUGAACCGGCUAUUAAUGAUAUCUGAAGUUCUGCCGGUUGUACCACAAAAGUCAAAAGGAGGGCUCAGGUUUUAGAGGUGUAGUCAAAAAUAAAACCAGAAUGGCGUGCUCCUCCCACCAAAACUGCGACUGGCUGCAGCAUCACAGUCGCGCGCCGUCGGCGUCAUGGGCCCACCGCUGAACAUUGUUGUUUGCUGUUGAAAUGUGUUGUUUAAGGUACGGGAAACAGCAGGCGAUGGUCACUGUUUUCUAGAAGUUCGCUUCCUUACGUUUAUGUUGUGUGUCCUGUGAUACGUUGUGUCAGCAGCCAAUGUUCGUUUACUUUGGUUAUGGUUGCUGACGAGUGCCUCUGAAGGUGCUGCAGUGUUUAUUCUUUUUGCAGUAUCUUACAUGCAUCCUUUACAGUGCCCACAGUGCCUUUCGCAGCCACUAUUACUCCUUCUGGUUUAAGCCAGAGCUCAUUAUGUUUGUGAAAAACUCUGUGAUGUGUUCAUUUGAAAACUGCAGAACUUGCCGCUCCAAAAAAUAUUUCUGCGAAGAGCACAAGGUAGAAACACUCAUGGAGAACCAAGUGUUAUUAUUUGCAUGAUAAGUUAGCGGAACUUUCCUUGUUUCAUUUGUUGGGGUAGCCAUCAGGGCAACACCGAGUAACAAAACCACACCUACACACCUUCUCAUCACUAAGCAUUUAAAUACUGCUUUUGCCCUUCUCUUUCUUUAAUGGCUAGUAUUCUUCGGAUCUAUUUAGGAACAUUUUCACUUGCAGGAGCAACUGCCAUUUAAAUAAACAGCCAGAUAAAAUGUCUUUUCGUGAUUUUAGACUUUUCUUUAUCACUCCUAUUCAUCGCGUACAACUUGUGCAGUGCCAUAUAGUGGUAACUGUUGUGCCCUGCUAAUCACGUGUGACCGUGAUCACGCUUUUUCUGUGACGUGUUGUCGCUGCGCUUUUAAAGGUUCUGACGUGGUGACCGAAGUUUUUAUUCUUCCGGAGUAUUUGUUUUCUGACCUAAGAAGUGUGAGCAGCGAAGUGAAAAGUGAAAUCUACAGCUGCAGGGACAAUGUGUACAAAGCCAGUCUGUGCCUGUCAUGGUGACCGCAUUUCGGUGACCUGUUCAUUGCCUGUCGUUUAAUUUUGAGUGUUUUUCAUACUUAACUCUUCCCUUCAUUUGUCGCAUGGUCCUCAGGAAAAGUGACAUGACGCUAGAGAACCGCUUCGAGAGAUCUGGGACCGUGUUGGCUCACUUGAAUUAUUCUUGUUGACAAAUGCUUUGCUGCAACCACUUGUUCAUUGACUGAUGAGAAUAAAGACAUUUUCAGAUGUCGCGA